GCAUCAAAUCAAAACUUCAUCACAAGGAAGAACCAUUUCCAACUCAUUAUAUUUGCUUUUGUAAACAAAGCCUUAGUUCAUUUCAUUUCCUAUCCAACCACUUCCCUUUCGAAAACUCUUUCUUUCAUCAACCAACAGGAAAAGAAAGAAAGAAAAACUUUGUUGUUGUUGCAAUUGUGAUGUCAAGCUUGAAGAUAGGGAAGAAGCUUCAACCUGCAAAGAAAGCAUGGAGGAGCAUCUCCAAAACUGUGCAAUCAAGGGUCAACAAACACAACAUACAAAAGAGUAUCAAGAACACCCUUCAUCGCCUCAUCUCCAUAUUUCACCAUCUUUGUCACCUCAUAACACGUAGCCGUGGCCAUCAUCGUUCGCUCACUACUACAAGAACACCAUAUGCUGCUUCUUAUUAUGGUAGGAGCAUACCUGCAAUUCACAUAGAUGAUCUCUUUGCCGAGUCUGCUUCUGCUUCUACUUCUGCUACGAACGUUCGUGUUCGUGCCAAUAACAAUAAUAUUGGUACAUCGCCUGCACGAGGUGAAGCAAGCCGAGGCAAAAGGGUUGUGGUUGAGAAGAAGGAAUUGCAAAGGGACAUAGAUACUAUUGAGGAUGCAUGGAAGGUUGUGGUUGCUAAGUCACCAAUGCUUCAGGUUGAUGAGAAGGCUGAGGAGUUCAUCUCUAAGUUUCAUCUUGAUAUGAAGAUUCAGAAAGAGAACUCUUUGCUGGAAUUUCAAGAAAUGCUAGCUAGAGGGGUCUAAAAAAAUUGUUUUGUUAUGAAGCAUGAUUACUUGGGAUUGGUUUUAUUGUUGUUCAUUUUUUUAGUGACUUGAAGUUAUUAGUAGUCACCCACACAGAGUGGUUUUGCCCAAAAAAAACUUGUCAAAUGUGUAGAUAUAUUAUAAGAGAUUGCAAGGGAUAACUUCUUUUUCUUUUUUGUACUCUGUUAAGUGAAGUGUGUAUACAUUGCAUUAAAAUAUGAAUUUUUUCUUUGUA